GUGGUGUUUUUAACGGGACUUCCGUUUUCUGCUGUACAUUUGUCAAUGUGUAAAUGUAAACAUGAAAAUAGUAGUCCUUUUUGCCUCCCUGUUAGUAAUAGUGCUUUCGAAAGAGGAUUUAGAAGGAUUAGAACAGUACCUUCAAGACCCUAGUUUCUGGCAUUUUGUAGAAAAACGUCUUGGUUCCAAGAAUGAGCUUGAAUCAAAGGUCCCCGAAUCUACGUCGAAAUUGAAAGAUCAAUAUGACCCAUUUGGGACCAGUUCCAGCAACGACGUAUCGAAAUUGAAACAUCCAUAUGACCCACUGGAGACCCAUUCUAGCAGUGACGUUUCGGGUAAAACACCUGAUCAUCGGAGCGAUUCAAUGGAAGAUACUCUUGGAAACCUUUGCCAAUAUAGACCAAAUGCAAGCAUGAUCAUUCGCUCCAAAGCUUCAAUAAGCAAUGGUGCCUUCUUUUUAAAGUCCUUCAACAAAAGAAUCCGGGAGGAAUGCGUUAAUGCCUGUUGUUACACCCAAGGAUGCAAUUUAGUUGUAUAUGAAAACAAGGAUGAACACAACUGUUACCUCUUCAAUUGUGGAACACCGAGUAAAUGCUUAUUUGCAGAGCAUGCAAAUUACACAUCACUUUUUUUCCCAAAUCAUGUUGCACCUGGUACCUCAUACGUAGGACAUCAACAACAACAUGAGGAUGAAUUGGAGGAUUUAAACUCCAACGUGACUCCCAAACCUACAACUCGGGCUCCACAAAGGAAGGUUCCUUUGUAUGGGAAUUGUGACAUUGAUUGGAAUGAUGAAUGCAGCGAUAGUAAUGCGGAAUGCAGAGACGGUAUAUGCAAGUGCUCAUAUGGAUAUCAUGCAAAAUAUGGAAUCUGCAGAGUUGAUUGUCCAGACUCAGCAUUUGAAUGUAAAAACAAAGGUCAGGGAGUAAAUGUUCCAGAGUGCAUUUCAAAAAACCAUGUCUGUGAUGGGCAGCCCCAGUGUGCUGAUGGUUCUGAUGAGGAUACAUGCCCCAAUACUGUGUCGACGAGCACGUCUACCACAACAACAUUCACAACAACAACAACGACAACUAUGCCCAAACCAGUUACGAUUAAAUCCUCUCAACAGAAAAUGAAGAAUGUGGGAAUGAAUGAUCCGACAGUACCGCAGUAUGGCCCCAUUAACCAGAACAGGAUACCAGUAGGAUCCGACACGUAUAAUGGGAAUGGUUACUACUGGCCCUCCGGAUACAAUCAAAUGUAUGGAAGCCAGAACUAUCCCCGAAAUUACGGCAGAUUCCAGUCAGGAGCUCAGUAUCCCUACGAUCCGAGGUAUUACAAUUCAUAUGACAACGCGGGACAACAGAUGGGCAGUGGAUACAUAGAUCCAGCUAGGGGCUAUUAUGACAAGUCGGCUCCAGGCAGUGGAAGCCAGGCUUCCGGUUCUCAGACUGGUCCUGAUAUUGGGAAGGGGAAAAGUUCAAAAAUUGAUCAUUCCGGGGUGAAAUAUCCGAACGGAAAUGUGAUGUCUAACAGCAAUGGAAGAGACGGAACACCAGUAAAGAGUAUCAAUGAUAAAUCUGUUUCAAACCUAGAAGAAAAACAUGUUGUCAAAACAACAGAAAAGCCAACAACACAUCGUCCAACCACUCAACCAGCUAUCACCAGGGAGAGGUUCAACAGCUGGAGAAAUGAAAAAGCUGGCUGGGAGAAAACUAACCAUCAUGUAUCUGAUAAAAGUUCUCAGAAACAAAUCAACCAUGACAUUCCCAGCUGGAAAAGUCAAGAAGGGACCAAGAAAUUUGCUCAAGAGAAUCGGAAUAAUUGGGAGAAGGAGCAAGAUUUAUCACGUAAUGAUAAAUACAAUCAGUUUAAGGAUAACUCUGACCAAUCGGUGGGAACACCAGAACAUGGAACCUCCAACAAUGUGAACACACACCAUCCACGGCCAGGAGAAAGUUCUGCAGACAAGUCACAUACAGCGAAACAGAACGCCCCAAUACCACAACAUGGCACAGGUAAAGAGAAGAGCUGGGGACAACACACAGAAUCUCAAAUGGAUAAUAACUACUCAAGUGCAAGCAGUAAGAAAGGUACAAGUGGAAAUCACAGGGAGGACAGUAAAGGAAGAAUGAGUGAUGUAUCACCAGGUCAAGGAAGGUCAGGAGGUGAUGGGUCAUUGGGUCAAGGAAGGUCAGGAAGUGGUGAAUCUCGGGACAGGACAAGUAACAGACAUCGAGGCCAAGGGAAAUCUGAUAGGUGGCAGCAGCAGCAGAGAUGGAAAGAUGGUAGAAACAAAGAGAUAGGACAAACAAAUGAUAGGCAGAUGGGUCAAGCCAACACAAAUAAUAGAAUUCAGAAGCAGGAUAGAACACAGGUGGGGUCAAAGGUCAAAACAAGUGAUGAUUCCCACAGGAAACCAAACAUCAUAGAUCAUGGGUCAAAUAGACUUAGCGAUAACUCGGGCAAAUCAAUGAAAGGAAAGCAAAAGGAAAAGGGUGAAUCAGAAAGUAUAGACUAUGACAGUUAUUUUAACAAAAGUCCUCAAACUGGGCAAGAUGUAGGACCCCAAAAGCCGGGAUACAGAAGACCAGCAUACAAAAAGCAGAGACCUCACCAUUACCAGUACUAUGACAGUUACAGGCCAUCUCCAUACUGGAAUUACGACUACUACGAGUACAGUGAUCAUCCCAACAAGAAGUACCCCCCUCCCUACGACCAAGGAGACUCAGAUAACGACAAGGAGUGGCUGGACAACAAGAACAUUCCACCUGUGAUUGAAGAGAAACCGACCUCAAAGGCAACACAGAAACCUACGCCUAAACCCACGCAGAAAACAACCCGAGCUCCUGGCGCAAAAGAAAUAAAGAUUAAAGACCCAGGACAGAUUUCAAAGGAGAAAUCAACUACAGGGGGAGAUAAUGCAGGAAAAACUACUGACAAAAAACAGCAGGCAUCUAGUGAAAAGUCAGAAAACACAAUAAAACUGAAGAAAAAUUCCACCGAAUCCAAAGUCCCUGAUGGUAGUGGAUUAUUGCAGGAAGCUGUGGAAACUCAUGUAGUGGUGGAGAGCCCUACAGACGGUCACCAGGGCCCCAUCGUGGCACUCGCCCUAGGGCUAGGCAUCACUGUUAUAUUAUUGUUCUUUGUGGGUUGUCGGUUGAGAAAUGUUAAACGACGGAUUCGCAAAGGAAGGGCCCUACAUUCAAAUGAAGCAGAUUAUUUGAUUAAUGGAAUGUAUUUAUGAAAAAGUGUGAUAGCAAGGUUGCCAUGCUUUGCAAAUUUAAUGGGGAUGGGGUUUCCACAUGUUUUGUUAAUAAAUGGGUCUAUUAUCAUGGUUUCAAAUUAUUCUAAGGGUGUAUAAUUAAUGUUUGAACUUUUUCAAAGCCCAUGUGUUAAGUUAUCCCACCAGAGACUUUUUACAGGACAAAUUUUAUAGUUUUAUAUUGAAUCUCAGAUACUACAUGUGUGUAGUGUGAAAAAGUUAUUACAUACAGCAAGAUGUAUUUUUGUCAUCAAAAAUGAACAAAUGGCCAAAUUUCUUCAUUUUCUGUGUGAAGAUUAAUUUUGGAUCAUAGAAAUCCAAUAUGAGUUUAUGUUGUGAUGUGAUGCAAUACUUUGUACCAGUGCAAUGGUUCUUCCUUUCUCCUUCAGGUCUACAUAGAAAUAUCAUUUCAAAGGUGAUAAUAGUAAAUAUAGCUUACUCUGGAUGUUUUGAAAUUUAGGGGACGAAUCUUUUUCUUUCAAUAUUUAUAGAAACAAAGAUCAAAAUAAGCCAAAUCGGAAAUCGUGACCAUAUUGGAAGCUUUGUUUUACAUCCUGAUCCUGGUUACAAAAGCAGCAUAUACAUGUAAACUCAAAGUAAUUGUGUUGUUCAUUAUCAAUUACUUCUCUGCUAGGACCUUGCUAGAAAGUGCUAUAUUCGAUGAUCUAGCAUUUGUAAACCACUUGAAGAGACAUGCAGUCAUCUAUUUCUGUAUAGUCUCCAAUUCUCACACCUUUCCGAAUCUGGGGGGAAAUCUUCCAACUCAACAGCUUCAAUGAUAGCAAAUGUUGUUUGAAAAUCAUGGUUAAAGUACUAGGGCUAAUCCCAAAAUCCUUUGCUAUUUCAGAUGUUGAUUCAAUACAACCGUUAUAGAAACAACACAUUAUCAUUAUGGCGGACUGAUGAUUAAUUUCAAAAUAAGCACUAUUUCAAUAUAAGUGAUUUCAGUUUAACCAGCAUUUUAAUGCAAAGAAAAUGAGAGACUGAAGCUGGGGAUUUUGUUUUAUUUCAAUAUAAGUGGAGUAAGCUGUACUACCCUUAUAAUUUGAAUUUUGGUUGUAUUUAAGUGAGUUGUUUUCUGUGAUUGGAUAACUGAAAUCCAUAAGAAAUAUAUAAGUCCCGCCUGUAUACAGGUUUACUUGUUCCAACAUACAGUGCCAGCAGUUUGGCUUGUGAUAUUAUGAAGGUGUAACAUUCCGGAUAUGUUCAGGAGUAUAAUGAUAUUUUCUGUUCUUUUGAACUACCAUAUUUCAUAUUGGUUUAUUUUUAUUUUUUGCUUGACAUGCAUUCCACUAAAUGUAUGACUUUCCACUUUUUUUGCAGAGAUAGUUUAUGUAUAUAUAAAAUGACCUGGAUAUAUGAAGUGAGACUUGCAUUUGAAUUAAGUCUAUUGUCCCUGUGUGCAAUAUACAAAAUAUACAGUGAAUUCAUUCCUGUUUUAAAGCUAGGUUGUUAUAUCAUGUUUAUGGUAUUGAUGUUUAUUGGUUUUUACAGCUGAGUUCUCAAGGACUUUUUGUGAAAUGAAUGUGAUAUGUUGAGGUUCUUUCUUUAUUCUUGCACUUGUAGUUAUUGUAAUGGAAGAUUUAACCAGCACACUGUGUAAAUUGUUGGUCCAGAUUGGAUGUCAGAAUCUGAAUUUAUACAAUGGCUUCUACAAAUCUGUCAAUUUUUUUUCCAUCUGCAAUAGUUUAUUUUGUAUGGAUUUCUCCAAUAUUCUUUCCAUUAAGUUGUAUCCUUUAUUGUAUAUCAAUGAUUUUUGGUUGUGGUAGAGUAUAAAAUUAUUUUGUAUUUUUGUACUGUUUUCUGUCAUAUUGUUUUCAGUCUUGUUAGUAUGUAUUGUUAUUUGUACUUAUUAAAACAGAUCUGGAUUUCUA